CAUGGUUAGGAUGGAAUUCUUCGUCUCGUGAGCAGCCUUUCCUGAAACUGUCACAAGUCAAUAAACGGUUAUAAAGAGUCGCAAGAAACCAUGCCUGCAAUAAUUCCUAUGUGGGUUUUAGCAGUCGUUCUUGUGGUUAUUACAGGAGCAUCGAUAGACAUUUUAGGAACAAAGAUGCCCGAGAAAACAAGAUGUCUUCGCAUUUGCGGUCUGGACAAAAAAGUAUCUCUCACAAAGCGACUUCAGAUUCUAAAUUCCGUCCAAUGCUAUUGGUGUCUUAGAAGGAGAUCAGCCAAGCACAUCUUUGUGAAAAAGACAGUUCAGCGCCGAAAAAGAUCAACUUUUUCGAAUAAUUGCCCUGGCCGAGUGAAUGACGCAACAGUGCCCAAAGAGCAGUUUGUCUCCUUGCCAAAUAUAACUGUAUCCUUUGGACGAUACGAAAACACGGAGAACUGGUUUGCAGAUGUAUCAUGGAAUCCGCUUAACGAUCCUUAUAAAUACUUGAAGGAACACCUAAUUCGCUUAUCAGUUGAUUCUCAGCCAGACAUACUUUGCACUGUACUUCCAAAGAAUCAAACUUCCCUAAGGAUAAACAUCUCGCAGUAUGGCUAUAAAUACCCGAAUCCUAUAGAAAUAGCGAUCCUCAGCAUCCCACAUAAUUAUAAAGGUGCCAUCGGAAUGGAUAGUUUUGUACCAUCAUCAAAAUCACCACCAACAAUAUCUAUGAAGACAGAAAAAGCAACGAGAACAACGGCACCAACGACAACAACGGCAACAACGACAACAACGGCAACAACGACAAGAACUACGAUAAUAAGUGAUAAAACAACGAGCGUACCAUCAUCAAAAUCCCCACCAUCAACAUCUACAAUGACACGAGAAAAAGCAACGAGAACAACGGCAAUGGCGACAAGAACUGCUGUAGCAAGCAAUAAAAUCACGGAUAUGAGAGUGGAUACCAAUAUGACGACUCAAGAUUCCAACAAAGCUUUCAAUUAUGUCUUUAUUUCCACUGGCAUCACUGUUGGUGCCCUGAUAGGAAUACUGGUUAUUGCUUUCCGCAGAAAGUUGUUGGUGCGGCCCCGGGAACGCGUUCCUGCCUCAGCAGAGUCUGAGAAUACGUUGUCGAGUAGUUCACGAACCGAAGGAAAUGAGUUGGUUAGUCCAGGAUCUGAGAGCUACGUAUUCAUAAUGUUUAACGACAGGGACUGUGAAUGGAUGAAAAACAAGCUACUAGACCUUCUUGAAAACCAACAUCAGUUUAAAUGCCGAGUUCAUUACAGAGACUUUGAACCUGGGGGUGUUUUUUAUGAUACUAUGUCAAAUAGCGUCUACACAAGCUACAAAAACAUAGCUGUUUAUUCAAAUAACUUUUUGAACAGUACUCACUGCUGGUAUGAGCUGGAACAAGCAGAGCAACGACUUUUAGACCAAAAUGACAACAGUCUGGUUAUCAUAAGAAUUGAUGGCGCAGAUUUACGAAAGCUUCCUAGAACUUUACGAAAUAGGAGCGUAAUCGACUAUGAUAGAAAUCAUGAACAACCUUAUUGGGAAAAAAGGCUCCUUCAGUUUCUAAAGGUCCCCGUUGCAGAAAGAUCGGCAAGAAAAAUAGUAACAGUAUUAGCAGACACACCGGCUGCAUCAGGGGGUAAAAAUGACCAAGUAAUAACUCACUACAACAGGCUUGACAGUACAAAAAGUGACGACACCGUGAUAUCCUAUGUGUAACAAUAUAUUAUUAGCAGAGAUUGGCGUAUAAAGAAUUUGCGAGUAAUUACCGAUGGUUCAAGUUUCCAAGGGUUGAUUCCAGAAAGUGAAGGACUGAAAGAAGAAGGUAUAAGCAAUAACAGAACAGAAAUGUUCAGAGUACAGUAGCCGCACUAAGAGCAAAUAUAGCUCUUCCAUUUCAACAAGGACAGUAAUAACGACGUAUGCGAAUGAAAUAAGAAGAUUUCAUAUAAAAAAAAGAUAGCGAUUUUACAGGCGGUAAAUUUAAAACAACAACAACAACAACAACAACGAAAAUAUCAACAAAACUUCAAGGGAGUAAUUUAGACGCGCUUAACACAGUUUUACCCUAAAAUAUCGAAUAUAUCAGGUUUUUUUUUUCAGAGGAAACCAUUUCAACAUUUCUUUUCUAUGUCAACUUUGACAUGAAAGUUUCAUAGUUCAUUAUAUAUAUCUUAUUGACCAAGCGCGAGGGCCGUACUGGGAGAAUAUCGG